CCCCGUUCUUCCCUUCGUGCAACAUCUCGCUUCCGUAAUUCCCGUUGAGUUUCCUGUUUUCAGUCAUCGCAAUCCCGUUUCCCGAUUCCCUUAUUUAAUCGCUCCCAUAAUUCCCAUAAUUCCCGUUUCUCUUGCUCCGUCCAUGAGCGACAACAAUGAGGAGAUCAGCCAUGGUGCUUGCUGGUAGAGGCGCGGCCGAUCCGUGUGCAAGGCGAGCGCCUAUCCACCUUGCAGCUGUGCGUAUAGGUAGAAUUGAUCAAAUCCCACGCACGCACCCUCGCACAUGAUCUCAUGACAGGGGCGUAGCCAGGCCCCGGGAUGCCUAGGCCAUGGCCCUGGGCGUGGAGAUGAAAUCCUUCGUCUACUGUAGUAUACUUUUGCUACAGUACGCUAUGCCAAUGAGGCUGGCCCGGGGCGUGGAGAUAUCCUGCCUCCGCCACCGAUCUCAUCCAAUCCCACCACCGAUCCGCUUGUCCGGGCUGCCGUCACGCGGCCUUCCCCAUCCCCACGUCCGCCCGCUGGUGAUGCCGCGACCACACAGCCACUGUUCUUCACCGCUCCAUCUACCCGGCUUCCGUCACGCUGCUCUCCACCACUCCACCUCCCGGCUAAAUCACACCGCCAACCCCAUCCUCCGCACACUGGACAUCAGCAGACCAUCUCAAUCCAUCCCCCUCCUUUUGCGGCGGAGACAGCAACACGUUCCCCCGCUUCAGGAGAUGGUGCGCCUCUCUCCGGCCAUCUCCACCACGCCCACUCUGCUGCACUGCACUCAUCUUGGACCGGGGAGAGCGAUCACUGUUGCAAUUGGAGCUGUUCCGGCGAUGUGCCUUCGCUCGCUCCAGGUUUCACACGGUGUUGGUAGGUUUUUCGUCGAGGAAGUCAUAUCGCGAAGCCAGGAAGAUCUCAUCCUUUCAUGCUUCUGCCCUACGCGACAUCUUGCUGCAUGUCUGUUGUGUGCAGGAAUGAAGAGCUCAAGGGAGCAAAAGGAACAAGGAGAAAGGAGCGCUCAAGAGAAGUGAACUCAAAGUCCAAGAUGAAAUCUUCACAUGGCUCACAAAUAUUAACCAGUAAACACUACUUGAUUCAUGAUGGCAUUGGCCCAGACACACAACAUCCAGUUCUAUAAUAAGUAUAUUCGUGAUUGCAUUGGACCAGACACACGGAGAUGCUCGCUUGUCGUCGAGGAGUGUAGCUUGCAAUUGAAGUUGGCACUACAAAGCUUGUUCUCAAAACCGACAACCAACUUAUGGCGCAGGUUAUUAACUCAGAUGUUAUCGACCGAACCAGGUUUGGUCCUCUUGUCCAGGAGAUAAAGAAGAUGUUGUGAGGCAUCAACGAGUUCUGAGUGGCUAGGACUAACACUCGACCACUUUGAACGAAUUUUCAGCUUGCAUUCAUUAACGUGGUUGUAGAAUUAUUUUCCACAUAUAUAAAGCCAACCCAGCUCCACAUAUUUCUACACUGUGCAUACAUACGCUCACCCGGCAUUCGCUUUACCAAAAUUUUGGAGUUAUUUGAUACCACUGGUUGCCGGUCACCACCUGCUGCAUGUAAGAACUUGCAAGACUUUAAUUUUUGCUCUGCUGUUAGCGUUUUACCACCAUAUCCUAGUAGUUCAUAGCAACAUUAUUAUUGGAUUUUGUUACUUAUUAUUACUAAUCAUGACAGGUUCUAGAGUCCGUUGGGCUUCAUCGAUCGUGGGAGAUGUGCCAUCACCUCAGAAAAUACAACCACCAUCACAAGAGGUACAAGGACAUUGGAAUGCACAAAAAAUGUUCUUGUUUCCAUGCCACCUUUAGUGGUCGUUUUAAGCCUGAUUUAUAUAUUGAAUGGGCGUUCAAAAUAAAUGCUAUAUUUGCAUCCAUUGUUUUUUCGAACAUCAAAAAGUUAAGGUUGCGGUUGAUACAUUCACUGGUUUUGCUACUGUUUGGUGGAGUGAACACUAUCGGUUAGACCCUGAUUAAGUACCUAUUACUUGGGAUGAUUUAAUACUUGAGAUGAGAGAUAGAUUCGUCAAUGUUUUAUAAUACUCGUGGCAUGAUUAAAAAACUACAACAUUUAAAACAAGGUAGUCAUACUGUAACAAAUUAUUAUGAUGAUUUACAAACUAUCUUGUUGCACUCCUUUUUAGAGGAAACUGAAGAUGAUUUUAUGAUUAUGGAUAGAUUUUAGGGAGGAUUAAACCGUGAUAUUCAGGAGAUACUAAUUCAUGAAGAGUGUUACCCUGUGGACCAUUUGUUUUGUCUUGCUUGCAAAGCUGAACAGGAAAUAAAACG